AUGGGAAGCCAAGAGGAUAUAGUGAUUGUUGGUGGUGGAGUAGCAGGCCUUGCAACAUCUUUGGGGCUUCACAGGUUGGGAAUAAAGAGCUUAGUCUUGGAGUCAGCAGAUGAGUUGAGAACAACAGGAUUUGCCUUCAUAAUGUGGAGCAAUGCUUGGAAGGCUUUAGAUGCUCUCGGCAUUGGAAAUAUCCUUCGCGCCAAACACAACAAGCUUCAUGGCAUUGUCACAGCAUCGGUCAAUUCAGGGGUGACCACUUCAGAACUAUCUUUUGUAGCUCAAGAUUCAUUGGGAGGUCGUGAUAUCUAUUGUGUGAACCGAAGGAUUUUGUUGGAAACAAUGGAAAACGAACUCCCGAAAGGUUCCGUUCGGUACUCUUCCAAAGUGGUUUGUAUCGAAAACGAUGGCCCGUUCAAGUCUCUUCAUCUUGCCGAUGGAACUAUUGUGAAAGCCAAGGUGUUGAUUGGAUGUGAUGGAGUGAAUUCGAAAGUUGCAAAGUUUCUAGGCUUUAGUAAGCCGUUUUUCGUGGGGCGAUCGGCAGUUAGGGGAUUUUUCGAUUUCGAGGAACCUCAUGGUUUCGAGCCGAAGGUUAUGCAGUUCUUUGGAAAGGGCGUAAGAUAUGGCGUAGUCCCAUGCGAUGAUCACGGGGUUUAUUGGUUUUUCACUUUUAGUCCAUCUCCACAAGAGAAAGAUAUCGUUGAGGACCCGACCAAGUUGAAGCAACUCAUACUUAGUAGACUCGGUAAAGUUCCCGACAAAAUCAAGCAUGUUGUGGAGAAAACCGAGCUACAAAACAUGGUUUUCUCCCCAUUAAGGUCUCGUCGCGCAUGGGAAUUGGUUUGGGGGAACAUAAGCAAAGACAAUGUUUGUGUCCUUGGAGACGCUUUGCACCCAAUGACUCCUGAUAUGGGACAAGGAGGAUGUUCGGCCCUCGAGGAUAGUGUUGUUUUGGCUCGGUUCUUGGCGGAGGCCAUGAAGGGAAAAGGGUCGGGCGGUGAAGAAACCGAGGAAUGGAGGGUUCGUGUGGGGUUGGAAAAAUUUGCUCGAGAGAGGAAGUGGAGAGACUUUGAUCUUGUAUGCACGUCGUACGCGGUUGGAUUUAUGCAACAAAGUGAUGGGGUCGUGAUGAACUUCGUUCGGGAUAGAAUAAUUGCUAGAUUUUUGACGGGUUUGUUGUUGAAGAAGACUAGUUACGAUUGUGGUAAGCUCGUUUAG